AUGGCUCGGCUGUCAUUCUCCCUUGUGUUCCUCCUCUGCGCAGCAGCCGUCAUGCAAUCCCAUCGACAGCAGUUCCACAAUAGAGAUCGCGCAGCCCCAAUGGUCCCCACCCGUCCGCCCAAUAUGGAUGAACGAGCUCACCAUGGGAUAGCUUUUGAAUACUACGACGAGAUAGUGCGCGCUAGCCUGUUGAACGAUGCCCCUCCGGCGACUGUGCAUGCUCCAGUGUUCCUGUUUGCACGGAUCGAUAAAACUCAACAAACCUGUUACCCUGAAGGAGCCAUGAACAGGCGCGGGGAUCGUCCCAAUCCAGAUCUUUCUCUUGGGGACCUAUUUCCUGUCUGGACAUCCACAACGUACUGCAACGAUGAAUGGCGUAUCGACUACGGAGUAUACUAUGUGCACGAUGUGUCCCAGGAGAGGAUUGGUGGCUACGCUCAGGAGUAA